UCACGUCGUUUGUUUAGCAGCUGGCUGCACAGUUAUCGAUUUAUUUUUCUAUCAGACAUUUUUACUUUCUAUAUCUCGUCUUGCAGAGAUGUCAACGCCUCUGUCAAAGCCUCAGAUUAUUGCCCAUAUUCAAAAGAGUUUGAACUACACGGUUUUUGAUAGCAAAUGGAUCCCGUGCAGCGCCAAGUUUGUGUGUCUGGGGAACUUCCCGAGAGGAACCGGAGUGAUGCAGAUUUAUGAAGUUCAGCACGGGGAAGCGCAGCUCGUCAAGGAGGUAGAGAAACCUAAACCCAUAAAGUGUGGGACGUUUGGGGCUACAUCUCUGCAACAAAGACACAUAGCCACAGGGGAUUUCGACGGGAAUCUCAAUAUAUGGAAUUUAGAGAUGCCCGAUGUGCCCGUGUACUCGGUAAAAGCUCAUAAAGAGAUCGUGAACAGCAUCGACGGUGUCGGAGGUCUGGGGAUCGGCGACGGCGCACCUGAAAUAGUCACUGGAAGCAGAGACGGAACGGUGAAAGUGUGGGACCCCAGACAGAAGGAUUCGCCUGUAGCCAACAUGGAGCCUGUGGAGGGAGAAACCAAGAGAGACUGCUGGACCGUUGCAUUUGGUCAUGCCUUCAACGAUCAGGACCGCUGUGUGUGUGCCGGCUACGACAACGGCGACAUCAAACUCUUUGACCUCCGCAACAUGUCGCUGCGAUGGGAAACCAACAUUAAGAACGGGGUUUGCUGUGUGGAGUUUGACAGGAAAGACAUCAGCAUGAACAAGCUGGUGGCCACGUCGCUGGAGGGGAAGUUCCACGUCUUCGACAUGAGGACCCAGCAUCCCACCAAAGGCUUCGCCUCCGUUUCCGAAAAGGCUCAUAAGUCAACUAUCUGGCAGGUGAGACAUUUGCCUCAAAACAGGGACGUCUUCAUGACUACGGGGGGAGCAGGCAACCUGCAUCUGUGGAAAUACGAAUAUCCUGCUCAGAGAAACAAAAAGGAUUCCGACAACGUGGACGUAGGAGUCGCCGGCAGCGUCAACCUCUUGCAGAACAUCGCCAUUUCCACUCAGCCCCUCGCCAGCCUGGACUGGAGCCCCGACAAGCAGGGCCUGUGCGUGUGCUCAGGGUUCGACCAGUCGGUCCGCGUGCUCAUCGUCACCAAACUCAACCUGGUGUGAAAACAAAAGCAAACACUGAACAGAAGCUGCAGAGAGUUUGUAGAUUGAAUAAAGUAGAUUUAAAAGAUGUGAAGCGCUUGGCUGAGCCACUGCAGAAGAUGUUAUCCUGCAGUGCAGAGAAAUACACCUUUACUAUAUAUAUUUCCAUCUUAUCGUAAGAGUUCCACCUCAUAAAGCCUCGGGCUGGGAAUAAUUUAAGUUCUCUGUCAAUUUUUUAUCGCAGCAGGGGGUUUAAACUGGUACACCUGUCUUUUGUUCCUCUGACUGUGAAACUCCAACUUUGUCUCUUGUAAAUGUCGCUACUUUUGAUAUACUUUUUAUUGAAAAUUCAUGAAAUUUGCUUUUUGGAGAAUAAAAGACUUGUCAAAUGUCUUGAA